CCAGCAGUGGUUUAUUAGCCUGCUAGCUGCGGUCCCGUCCCCGGAGACAAAUCUGGCGGCCCUUCGGCUAGAGGCGGAGGAGAAGGAGCUGGGUACCAUGGCCUGGGUGCUGAAGAUGGACGAUGCCACCAUCGAGUCAGGGCUGGUACACGACUUUGAUGCCAGUCUGUCGGGCAUCGGGCAGGAGCUGGGGGCUGGCGCAUACAGUAUGAGUGACGUGCUGGCCCUGCCCAUCUUUAAACAGGAAGACUCCAGUCUUCCUUCAGACAGUGAGAGCAGCGGUCUGAACCCUCCCUUCCAGUAUGUUCUCUGUGCUGCCACCUCCCCUGCUGUCAAACUACACGACGAGACGCUCACCUACCUAAACCAAGGCCAGUCUUAUGAGAUCCGUAUGCUGGACAACAGGAAGCUGGAGUUAUCAGAGAUAAACAACAGGAGUGUGAAGAGCAUCGUUAGGGUGGUGUUCCAUGACAGGAGACUCCAGUACACAGAGCAUCGGCAGCUGGAGGGGUGGAAGUGGAAUCGCCCUGGAGACCGUCUCCUAGACAUCGACAUCCCCUUGUCAGUGGGUAUCAUGGAGCCCAAGGCCAACCCCUCCCAGCUCAACGCUGCCGAGUUCCUCUGGGACCUCAGCAGGAGAGCCUCUGUGUUUGUGCAGGUUCACUGCAUCAGUACAGAGUUCACCCCUAGGAAGCAUGGAGGAGAGAAGGGAGUUCCCUUCAGGAUCCAGCUGGACACUUUCAGACAGGGAGACGACGGAGAGUACACCGAACACCUCCACUCUGCUUCCUGUCAAAUCAAAGUCUUCAAGCCAAAGGGGGCAGACAGGAAACAGAAGACGGACAGAGAGAAGAUGGAGAAACGAACGUCUCAAGAGAAGGAGAAGUACCAAUCCUCCUACAACACCACCAUCCUAUCAGAGAUGAGGCUGGAGCCCAUCAUAGAGGAAGCGGGAGACAAUGAGCUGAAGAAGUCCAGCAAGAGGACGCUGCCGGCUGACUGUGGGGACUCGCUGGCCAAGAGAGGCAGUUGUUCUCCGUGGCCUGAUGCCUACGUCGGCCCUCCCCGGACGGCUGGUCCCUCCUUCACCUCCACACCCCUCUCCACGUACACUGCCUCCUCUGUACCCGACAGUGGCUCAUCGUCGCCCAAUCACCAGGCAGACCCUGUCAGCCAAGUCGUCACAGAGCAACUCAGUCCUACAGCCACCAUCCCGGAGACUCAGAAGUGGCUUGUCAAAAACCGCUUCAACAGCUACGCACGGCUCUUCUCCCACUUCUCAGGUUUUGACUUACUAAAGUUGACCCAGGGAAUGACUGUAUCAGAUCUGUGGAGCUGCGAUGGAAUCAGACUCUUCUACCCACCACUCAGAUCCAUGGGUGAGUCGGGUGCCCAGAGGGAGGCUGCCCCCCCACACAGAGAGAGAGUCAUAUAG